CUCUCCUUCUUCCUUCCUUUCCUUUCCCUUCUCCCCCGCCCUCUCCAAUGGAGUGAGCCACCAAAUCAGAGAAAACAAAGCAACAAACCUAAACCCCAUUUUCCGGCCACCAUAAAAUAGCCAGAGAAAGCUUCAUUCUUUCUGCCCCCCCUCAAAAUCCCAGAGAUCGAUUACUCGGGAAAUGGCGAAUGCAAACGCAAGCGGAAAUGGGAAGCUAGCCUUCGUCUUUCUCGGCAAUCAAACACCCUUCUCUGAGACUGAGCCCUUUUCGCUACACGUCUAAUUGAUUAGCAACAAUGGGGGGACUUAAGGUGUUGGAGAAGUUCAAGAGCGCCCAGGUUCAUGCCUUCACUAAUACUACUGCCGCUACUCCGCCGGGGACUCCGUCCAGGGCCAUAACGUCGUCGUCUUCGAAGUCCAAGUGCGCCGGCGGCGACGGUAGUGCUUCUUCGUCCCAAUCUCAGUAUCAAUCUCUGCUCCUUCCCUACGGCCUACCCACCACUGAACUUCUAGAGCCCAGAAUCGAGCCCUACUUGAAGCCCGUCGACUCCGUCGAUUCGUUAGCUGACCUCUACCGCCGGCUCGUCGUUUCCAGCCCUUCCGAUAAAUCCACUCUACUCAUGGAGCAGUUCUCGCUUUCUCCUUGCUUGGUCGAUCCCAAGCUCCCCCGCAAGUGCCUCUCCGCCGCCAGGCAACACGCCGUUGAUGUUCACUCCAAGGUCGUCCUCUCUUCCUGGUUGAGAUUCGACCGCAGGGAUGACCAGCUCGCCGGCGUCUCCCCCAUGGAUUGCCGCAAUUGUUUCCUCGAGUGUCCAUCCGCCGCCCUAGUUUCUGGGUACGAUCCCAAUUCGGUCAACGAUCGAUGCCGAUGCAGCGGUGAUACGGCUGCCGCUGCCGCAGCGGUGGUUAUCACUGACUGUCACGAGAACAGCGGCGGUGAUGUCGUGUUCUGCAUUAAUGGAGAAACCGUGCGUUGCGUGAGAUCGAGGAUCGCCGCUCUCUCACCCCCGUUGAAGGCGAUGCUGUAUGGUAGCUUCGUGGAGUCGAGGAAGAGAAGGAUCGAUUUAUCCAAGAGCGAUAUCUCCGUUGAAGGAAUGGGAGCAGUGGAGAUUUACAGCAGAGUUAACAGAGUCGAUUCCUUCUCACCGGAGAGAGUCCUGGAGCUGCUAUCCUUCGCCACCAGAUUCUGCUGCGAGGAGAUGAAAUCCGCCUGCGAUCAGCAUCUAGCUUCCAUGGUCCGCAGAUUGGAAGACGCUGUAAUCCUGAUUGAUUACGGUCUGGAAGAAUCAGCCACUCUCCUCGUUGCUUCUUGCGUACAGGUAAUCCUCAGGAACAUCCCCAGCUCACUCUCAAACCGUAAAGUACUCAGAAUCCUCUGUGGGUCUAGAGCUAGGGAAAGAAUAUCAAUGUUAGGCCACCCUGCAACUUUCCUGCUAUACUAUUUUCUCAGCCAAGUAGCUAUUGAAGAGAGCAUGGCAUCCAACAUCACGGUCAUGUUGCUCGAAUCCAUGCUCGAAUUCGGGGUCGAGAAAUGGCAGAAGGCUCUCGCAGCUCACCAAUUGGGCUGUGUGAUGCUCGAGCGACGAGAGUUCAAGAACGCUCAAUCAUAUUUCGAAGCAGCAGUUGAUUCAGGCGGCCACGUUUACUCUCUGGCUGGUGUUGCACGAGCCAAGUACAAACAAGGCCAGCAGUAUUCUGCUUUCAGGUUGAUGAACUCGUUGGUCUUUGAGCAUAAACCGGUUGGAUGGAUGUAUCAGGAGAGGUCUCUGUAUGGCCUUGGCCGAGAGAAGCUCAUGGAUUUGAACACUGCAACCGAGCUCGAUCCAACCUUAUCGUUUCCUUACAAGUUUAGAGCAGUGAAGAAAGUGGAGGAGAGGAAGAUGUCGGAUGCUAUAUCGGAGAUUAAUAAGUACAUUGGGUUCAAGCUCUCAGCUGAUUGUCUCGAGCUGCGAGCUUGGUUGUUCAUCGCGAUGGAGGAUUAUGAUAGCGCUCUAAGAGAUCUUCGAGCAAUGCUGACUCUGGAACCUAAUUAUAUGAUGUAUAGACGGAAGAUGUGUGCUAGUUAUGUGGUUGAGCUAGUGAUCAGCUGCGGCCGGGUGGUUCAGCAUUGGAGCUUGGCUGAUUGCUGGAUUAAGCUUUAUGAGAGAUGGUCUAGCGUUGAUGAUGUUGGUUCUCUGGCUAUCUUACAUCAGAUGCUUGUCAAUGAUCCUACUAACAGCCUGCUGAGGUUUCGACAGUCUUUGCUUCUUCUUAGGUUGAACUGCCCAAAAGCUGCAAUGAGCUGCUUGCGCUUGGCGAGAAACCAUGCAGCUUCGGAACACGAGAGGCUGAUUUACGAAGGAUGGAUUCUCUAUGACAUCGGUCACAGGGAAGAAGCGCUUUCCAAAGCCGAGAAAUCCCUUCACAUACAGAGAUCAUUUGAAGCUUUCUUCCUGAAAGCUUACAUUUUGGCUGAUACAAACUUGGAUCCUUUGUCUUCAUCUCACGUCAUUCAACUCUUGGAGGAAGCUCUCAAAUGCCCAUCGGAUGGUCUACGAAAAGGGCAGGCAUUAAACAACUUGGGGAGUAUGUACGUCGACUGCGGGAAGCUGGAUAAGGCUGCAGACUGCUACACGAAUGCACUCAACAUCAAGCACACGAGAGCCCACCAAGGAUUGGCACGAGUCUACCAGCUCAAAAACCAACGAAAGGCUGCAUUUGACGAGAUGACAAAGUUGAUAGAGACGGCAUAUGGCAAUGCGUCAGCUUACGAGAAACGGUCCGAGUACUGUGACCGUGAGAUGGCCAAGAGUGAUCUCAACGUGGCCUCACAACUCGACCCACUGAGAACUUACCCCUACAGAUACAGAGCUGCUGUGCUGAUGGACGAUCAGAAGGAAGCAGAAGCUGUGGAAGAGCUAAGCAAGGCGAUAGCUUUCAAACCUGAACUGCAAAUGCUUCACCUUCGGGCAGCGUUUCAUGAAUCCAUGGGAGAAAUUGUUGCUGCACUAAAGGACUGUGAGGCGGCACUAUGUUUUGAUCCCAACCACCUCGACACUCUUGACCUGUACAACAGGACCAAAGAAAGAGCCGCUCGGCAGGAUGAGAUUUGACUCGAUCAAGGCUAAUCCUUGUCUCUAUUUUUGUUUAUGAUGAUGGUCAAAGAAAGACAGAAGACGGCGAAGAAGAAAGUCGCACACUUGUCAUCUGGCCCACCAAGAUGUGGAAAUAGAAGCUCUGUGGCAGCAGGGUUCAUUGAAACAAUGGAGCUGAAUGCUGGAAGAGAGUGGUGGAAGAAAUGGAACAUGGAGUAGCCAGCCUCCAUGGAAAUUGUAGGUUUGAAAGAAAGGUUCCACUCUCAGCUAUAGCUAGCAGCAGGCAAGGCAUUCAAAGGUGAAAGAAAGGUUCUUUCUGUUGUAACUUAAAGCUGUCAUUCUUCUCUCCCACAACCGUACAGUUCUUUUUGCAGUUUUGUGUUAUUGAAUUUGGUCACACCAUUCAGCUUGUACAUAAAAACAGAGCUCACCAAGGAGAUAUAAAUUAAAACUUCAAUUUUCUGGUCAGUACGUUGUGCUUCUAAUGACUAAUGAAAC